AUGAUGCGUAUCGAGGAAGAACCAACUUCAAGUUGCGCAUCUGACUAUGGUUCAGAUACCGACGAUGGAACCUCUAGUGAGACAGCCCACCAGGAUUCGACUCAUGUACUGGCAGAGAAUCUCGGUAUCAUCGGUGCUACCAUUGGCUACAUUCAAGAUAAGUUCUUCGACUAUGAGGCUCUUCCAGCUCAUGGCAUCGCGAAAGAUCUCUUCCUGAGAUGGACUCGGAAACAUCAAGAAGACCUCAUUCAAUUAGGAGCCCGCGCAGGUACGAAUCACAACACGCUGAGAGCCCUUUGCGAUCCACUUCAUAGACGUUCCCCCAACAACUUCGCCCGCUUCAGACCAGAGAUGCCUGACGAGAAGUCGCCAGCCAAGCAACUCCUCGUGCUAUUUGAGGCUGCUGAGGACGCCAGAAAGCGCGCUUUGAAAGCCUACCGCGAUCUCGUCGUUGUCUCCAACUAUCCACCCCACCAGAUGCUGAAUUUUAGCCUGCAUAACCUGCAGCGUCCUCAUUUGCCUCUCGAUGGAUUCUUCGUCUCAAAGUUCGAUGAUCUUUCGAUAGUCGGGCAUUACAUUUCAAACGCAAUGUCCAAGAUCGAUGAAGAAUCAGCAACCGAAUAUGAACAGAUCAACAGGUCGAUUCGUGAAGAAGAACAUCUACUGAUGAAUAAGGAGUUUGAAACCAGAGUCGUCGGACUUCAGUCACUAGGCUUCAAUUCGGAGACGAAAUUAAUGUCCUACCAACUGAACAUGGCCCAGUCGAGAUUGAACAUUGCUAGACUCAAAUACAAGCAGCGUCUGUUUGUUCAUAAACAUGUCUCGCCGGGUUGCGACGAUAGUUUCAGGACUGUGGAAAGUAUAUUCGAUUUGGCUUCUAAGCUCCCGCGUAUGGACGUCUCCUAG